CCAAAAUCCAAUUCCAAAUCAUCCCAAGAGAAAAACACCAGAAAAAAAAAUAAUGGGCGUUAGUAAACGAAUUUUACAAGCAAGAAAUCCAAUAAUCGAAGUAGAUAUACCUACCCAGAGCUGA